UAGGACGUUUAACCGUCUCUAAAACAACACUUGUUUUCUUGUUGGGUUUUGUGCCGUCGUAAUUUCGAGGUUGAAAUUAAUGGCUGGAAUGCUUCCUGGUGUGGAAAGCGCUCGGAGGAGACGAGUCCGUCAGAGCGGAGAGCCACCGUGUGUCGGCGGCAUCCAUGGCAGCACCAGGCGCUCUUGUUUCUGUUUGUAUGCUAGCAACCAUGAAUCUCACCACACCUCCACUUCUCCACUGCAACGAAGCAUACUGAACCAAGCAUACAUGGAUGAGAAGCUGGGAGUGGAAGCCAGAGAAGCAAAGGGGAGACUAGAUGAAAGACUGAGAACACAAAGAAAAUCACAACUCAAAAGGCACAAUAAUAGUAACAACAAAGGACUGAAAAGUGUGGAUGGAGGAGGAAGAUCAUCUGUGGUGCUCGGAGAGUUGCAGAUAGAAGUGUAUGGAGCUACAAAGAGUAGCAGUAGCACAAGUGGAUCAAAGAAGUUCAGCUGGUCAAAGUUGUCCUGGAAAUCAUCAGACCAGGAUGAGUGUGCAGUCUGCCUGGAAAGGUUCAGUCCAGGUGAGACCCUGGUGAACCUGCCCUGUGCCCACAGGUUCCACUCUGGUUGCAUGAUUCCAUGGCUUCACAGCAAUGCUCAUUGCCCAUGUUGCAGAAUGGAGAUUAGCUCCUAGUAAUUGUAUUGGUAAUUUGUUAAAUUAAAAUUGUAAAAUAUUGAUUGAGCUUGCAGUUGCAGUUGUAGAGUUGGUUUGAAGUUUGAAGGAUUGACCUUGUGGUGCUAAUUGCUUACCUACCACAAGUUUUUGUUGAA